UACGCCUGGUAUCCGCCCAUAUACGCGUAAAGCAGGCCAGACGGAGCAGCUAGGCCGGGGCGCUGGAUCAAAUGGAAAGUUCAAUCGAUUAAUUUGCUCACUUUUUCGCAUGUUCUCUCUUGAUUGUGAACCGACGACAGAUCAACUUAAAUGCGGGGGUUUUGGUGAGAAAUAGGAAAUGCAGAGAUCGUGUGAAACGAGAGGAAUAUCAGCUUGACUCGGUCGCUACUUCGGACGCGGAACUCCACUCAGUAAAAGGUGAAUCAUGACAGAAUAUAAACUGGUUGUGGUGGGAGCUGGUGGCGUUGGCAAAAGCGCACUUACCAUUCAGCUCAUCCAGAAUCACUUCGUGGAUGAGUAUGACCCCACCAUUGAGGACUCUUACAGAAAGCAGGUAGUCAUUGACGGAGAGACAUGUCUACUGGACAUCCUGGACACAGCAGGUCAGGAGGAGUACAGCGCCAUGAGGGAUCAAUACAUGAGGACAGGGGAGGGUUUCCUCUGUGUCUUUGCCAUCAACAAUACCAAGUCCUUUGAAGACAUUCACCACUAUAGAGAACAGAUUAAGCGGGUGAAGGACUCUGAGGACGUCCCCAUGGUGCUGGUGGGGAACAAGUGUGACCUCCCGUCCCGGACAGUGGACACAAAGCAGGCUCAGGACUUAGCACGUAGCUACGGCAUUCCCUUUAUUGAGACCUCAGCCAAAACCAGACAGAGAGUGGAAGAUGCCUUUUACACUCUGGUACGGGAGAUCAGGCUGUACCGGGUCAAUAAGAUCAGCAAGGAAGAAAAGACUCCGCGCUGUGUCAAGCUUAAAAAGUGUGUUGUGAUGGGCGUUGACGAUGCCUUUUACACGUUAGUGCGAGAAAUCCGGAAGCAUAAGGAGAAGAUGAGCAAGGAGGGCAAAAAGAAGAAAAAGAAGUCCAAGACAAAGUGUACAAUUAUGUGAAUAAUGAUUCCCUUUUAAGACAAAAAAAUGCAACUAUGUUGAACAGUUCAAGUAAUACAUUUUGUACAUUACACUAAAUUAUUAGCCUAUUUCUCCAUACCCACACAAUACUAAACCUGAACUGAAUUUUCUGCCUUUUCUUUUUUUUUUUCUCUUCUUAUUUGCUUCUUUGGACACCAAUAAGCUUCAUUUUCAGUUUAGUGCCAGUUGCCCACAAUAUGGGUUCAAGAGCCUGAUGAAUUUAGGAUUGUUAUUUUUUUAAAUGAUAAUGCUGAUUUGGAGCAUUUUACAGAGCUGGGAGCCAAUUGCAUUGCAAAUUAUGUUUAACAAAUUAUUCAUUAAACCGUGAGUUAAUUUUCUCUUUGCUUGAAAGGUCAUGUUCUCUAAUGACCUUUUUAAAAGUAUGGGAUGCCAAAGAAUGAAUUUUCAUCCCGCUCACGUAGACAAUAUGGAUAUGAAGAAAGGACCAACAGUCAGCCAGAUGAGAUCCAAUCCCAGCCCCCGUGUUUUGUCCCCGUCUCUAACGACCUCUAGGUAUGACUUAGCUAUGCCACUGAUAAGUAUGCAUGCAAACUCCUACUCAUCUCUGAAUGUUUUAACACCUUCAUUAGUUAUUAAUUAAUUUGUCUUUUCUUAGUACUGUGUGUUCUUGCCAUGAGGUGAGAGAGAUUUUUUUUUUUUCCUUUUUGCAUGAAUUAUGUCCUAGAAGACAUGGGUAAACUGCCUCUGGUCGAUGGAUUAAACGAAGCCAGCGAUAAAGAAGUCUGACUCGGUUGGACAUAGUCUAGUUUUUCAGGUUUUUUUGAAAGUAGUUUUUUGCUUUUGUGAGAAAUAAAUCUGCCUUUUUUUUUUUUUUUUUUUUUAAAGCAGAAAUUCUAAGCAAGAUAUAUAUUUGAACCCAUUUUUGUCUUAAUAAGAUGGGACUAGCAGCCACAUUAUGAGGGUCAUUUUGUGUUGCCUUUUUUGACUUCGGUUAAAAGUUUCCUGCUUUUCUUUAGGCUAAGAUUUGACUGUAGGAUUGUUUUGAUUCAUCCUGACAAAUAAUCAUUUCAUCAAUAUAUGCUCAAAAACAGCUGUUAACAGCUGUCCUCCUCCUUGUGGACUUCGUAUUUGACCGUAAUGUUUAGAUUCACUGCAUAAUUUAAGGUUUGUCCAGCAGCAGAACAUAAGAGGCCACGGAGGUGUCUUGCGCACUAACUUCUUUGCUUGUGAGCAGCUAGAAAGCAGAACGAAUCCUUUACGCAGCUGUCAAGAAUAUUUGUCUUGGUGUGGAGUCACAGAGGUUGUUCAAAAUGUUGUCCAAAUAAAUUUUCAGAUUUUGUUUAGCUUUUCGAAGAGGGUUUUGUUUUUUUCUUUCUUCCCUUCUCUCUCCUACUCCUUGGAUUCUUUUGCUUGAGUGUUGAAAUUGUUUGUUGGCUUGCCUUUCAACAAAAAUGAUUGUCCAGCAAAAUAAUUUUUCUUUUUUUUUUUUUUCUCUCAUAAAAUGUGUUUAGCGUGGCGAUGCAACUGGAACGGAUGUUUGUAAAUGAGGCAAUAAUUGCCAUAAAAUUGGUUCUUAGAUUAAAUCGUCUGACUUUAUUACAAAAAUAAUAAAAAGUCCAGUUUCCUUCUGGGGUCAACCCCAAUUUCACCAUUUUCCAUUGUAUUUACAAACUGCUCAUCUGGGUUUUUUAAAUUUGCCUUUUAUCUUUGCAUUAGGUGCUACAUAUAGAUGUUGGAAGAGCCGAAACAUCAUUUAUUUUUCCCCCGUGUACUCUAGAGAUACACAAAAUGCUCUUCUAGGGGAGCGUUGUUAUUCCCACAAAAAGUGAUGUUUUGCUUUCAGGAUUAAUGGAUUUUGACCCAGUUUAUUAUUACCUCUUUUGCUUUCUUUUUUUCUUUUUCUUUCAUGAAGUAGAUGAUAACUGUUGAUGCAAUUUUUAAUUAUGGAACCCUCCUGUCCACAAUACUGUUUCACAAGUAGUUUUACUGUAAUGUUUGAAAUAUUCCUCUUCCUUUUAAUGGGUGCCAACAGCUGAUUUCUGAAAUGUAUCAUUUAUACCUGGAUCGUAUUUUAACAACCUUUGUAUAGUUGUGAUAAUGAGAGGUGCAUAUUUUGUAAAUUGUGCUUCAUUUCAUUUGUGUCUACAUGAAUGUUGCUUUAAUGGAGUUUCGCUCUGCUCUCUGUAUGUGAACAGCGAGUGUGACUGGGGUCCAGGUUUAGGGAAGUGAAUGAAUGACCACUUUACAUCAUACCUGUGGUGGGCAAUGUAGAGUGGUGAUCUAAUCUCAAAUGAGUCUAUUUUGCCAUAAAUCUCACCACUCCUAUUUAAUGUGUAAUAAAGAACAAAGUAAAGAGGAA